CAGAGCUCGUGAGGGAUCUGUGCAUGGUGUUCAAGCGAGACCCGGGGACGUCGAACGCGUAUGCGUACGACAUCGACCAGGCGCUGAGGGGGCUGGUAUCAGAGAGCCGGGGGCUGAUGUCACGGGGACUGGUUGCGUUAUCGACGGAUCACGCGUCAAGGAACGUCAUGGAGAGAGUCCGAGGAAGCCUACAGAGCCUGGGAUCGGCGGUCAUGGUGUACCUGUCCAAACUCACAGAGUCGCAUGCCGCGCUGGAGAUGGACCAGCAGGGCAACCUGAUGGUGUUCCAUCACAUGCGGAUGAGGCUGCCGCAGCUCGCGGGAGGCUUCAGGUCGAGGUGGAAGAGAGUAGCCAAGGUCAGGCUGGACGGGUGGGAGACGGAGCUCGGCGACGGGAACAGCAAGGUGUACGCUUUCUUGAACGGGCAGGUCAAGAGCUCGUCGAUCGAAAUCAACCUCUUCUAUCACUACGCGGGGUCGGGGGUGUGCUACUUCACUCGGAGAUACACCAUCAGCCCGACGGGAGUCCGUCAGGACAUGCGGGUGUUGAAGGAUGGGUCGGAUACGGAGAGCCCGAGACACUUCUACAUCAACAUGCCGAGGCAAGGGGAGGCAGACAGAGCCUUGUUGGCGUCCAUAGAGGAAUCAGAUC